AUGGCCUCCGCACAGCAGAUUGCUAACAGCUUUGUGACCGAGUUCUUUGAGCGUCUGGCAAAGAACCCCGCCAACCUUGCCGAUCUCUACGGGAGGAACUCGGUCUUGCACAUUCACGAUUUCGAAAUGGGCAUCAAGGAGGUUUCCGAUGCGGACGCCUCCGUCGCCGCUCAGGACUGGGCCGCUCUCUACCAGGGCAGCCAUAUGCGUGUGGAGUCCGUGAGCGCGGCGGCGGUCUACGGUGGCGUGAACGUCUUCGUCACCUUCACCGCGGUGGGGGAGCUGCAGCAGUACUUCCACGUCCUCACCACGUUGGAGGCCCACACGGGGUUCAAUGUGGAGGGCUACUACAUCCGGCAUCAGGUGAUCUCCCGCAUCGGCGCGAUCGCGCUCGAGGCGCCGCCCACCGAGGAGGUGCCUGUCGUGGUGGAGCAGGAGCCCGUGGCGCCGGUCGUGGAGGCCCCCGCGGAGGAGCUGGUCGACAAGACCCCUGUUGAGUCCGACGAGCCGGCGCCUGUGGCCGUGGAGGAGGAGCCGCCGAUUCAGAAGGUCGCCGUGGAGAGCACGGUGGGGGAUGCCGAGCAGGCCCCCGCCCCAAAAGAGAUGCAGUCGAGGAGCUGGGCGAGUUUGCUGGGAUCCUCGGCGAAGGGCACUAUUGACAGCAGCAAGCCCAUCCGUGUGGUGGCAGCCAAGACCGCCGGCGACGAUGGUGCAGCGAAGAAGGAGGACGAGGCCCCCGCCGCGAAGUCUUCCCCGAAGGUGCACGUGAAGCGCGAGAAGCGGCCGAUGGAGGCCGUUGGAGAUCGCCUGAUGUUCAACAUCGACGUUAAGGUUACGGACGAAGAGAUCAAGGCGGCACUUGGCAGCUUAGUGGCCUCUUUGCAGUCCCUCCGCAACAAUUCCGCAAAUGGUCACGUGUUCAUGGACUUCGCACCGGACGUGAAGGCCCUAGAAGAGCUAAAGAAACUCAACCCGGUCAUUGGUGCUAAUAAGACGAAGAUCAAUGUCUUUCGUCAGCGCUUUCGUGAUUAA